AUGAAGGAGACUCCGUCAUAUGAAUAUGCGUUUGAUCUUAUGGAGCAUCUGCAUCGAACCUACAGCAGCACUCCGGAGGAGUUGAGACAAAGCAGUGCUCUCCUGGCAUCCUCCGCGCCGCAGCCUCUUACAGCAUCAUUUCAGAAAGUUCCAAAGGAGGAGGCAGUCAGACAAUAUAAAGCGCUUCAUUCUAGAUUUUCUUCCCAGUGA